AUGACGGACCGACGCAAUGGCGCGACCGCCAGUGGUAUCGCCUCCCGUCCCUGGUCCCCCGUGAGAGGCGCCAGUCCGAUCUCCGGCAGUCCAGCUGAAUGCCAAAGUCCAGACGAAACCCAAAUUCACAACCUCUACGGCACCGGCCAAUCGUCCGACGACGACGAAUCCCGAACCCUUGAUUUCGAGUUCGAGAGUGAUUGCGGCCACAAGAAGUCUCAGAUACCCAACUUCAAGCCGGCAGACCCGAAAAGCCACCAACAAGUUCAGCCUGACGACCUGAGCGACGAUGAGAAAAUGGAGGAGAUUAUCAGCCUGGCCCGGAGGCUCGCGGCGCUCGGGGUGCCCGCGUCGAUCGAUGGAGCGCUGUUGGAUGAGGUGGACUUUCUCGUCGACUCUGCCAACAGAGUCGUCGAUAUUGUCGACGAGCAAGAAGACAAGGGAAUACAUUCGAGUCGUAGCCAGUCGGUUGAGCUCUGA